AUGGCGGGGGAUGGCCGAGGACGGCCAAGAGGAGAUGGCUGGCAGGUCCCUGGGGCCGCAGCCGAACUGGUCAAGUCUUGGGUCACCAACAUCCUCAUCCAGCCUCAUCCCCUGUUCGCCAUCUCCCCAGAUCCCGCUGGACGAGCUUGCAAACUCACUCCAGUUGCUCGCGGCUAUUGGACCCGAUGUAAGCCGUCGGAAUGUGUCCCCCAGGGCCUGCUGGAGGUUGUUCAACAAUCAAGCAUGGCGCCCAUCGGGCCAUCCUCAGACACAUCUCAUCACCCUCUCCCAUCCAAUCAAUCUCUUCUCACUUCCUCAACACCACCGAUUCUCCACAUGCAGCCGAAAAUCGAGACGAGUUGA